GAGCUCAAGUAUCCGUUCAUUGAUUUAGACGCGGACCGGGGCGGUUUAUUGGCGCUAUUCAUGGCGCAACCGUUUUCAUCAAGUUACGAAGCUGGAGGAAGGAAUGGUCCAGUGCUGAUGGCGCACUCUGAGCUGUUUGUGACGAGAGUGCCCCCUGUGGAGGGGAGUGCUGUGGAGCUCAGUGUUCUGGGCUUCUUGGAAUCCUUCGGGGAAGAAAACAGCACAGCUGAGAGAUGCUACCGCUCCCACUCCCGCAGCAGCGUCCUCCAGGGCCUGCCAUUUGGAGGGGUUCCCACUGUCCUCGCCAUCAAUGUGGUCCUCUGGAUGUUCCUGUUGCUCAUCUUCUCCUGUCUGAGGAAGGCUGCAUGGGACUACGGCCGCCUGGCCCUGCUGAUGGAGAAUGACAGUCUCACAUCCUUGUUUUAUGGAGAACCAAGUGAGAAAGAGAAGUCUCCCUCAGAGUCCAGCCCCUCUGACUCUGAGACCAAGGACAUGGGCUUCUGCUCAUGGCUCUCAUCUCUUUACCAUAUGAAGGAUGAGGAGAUCCGGAGCAAAUGUGGCAUUGACUCUGUCACAUACCUGUCCUUCCAGCGCCACAUCAUCCUGCUCAUGACAGUAGUUUGCUUGCUGUCUUUGGCCGUAAUCCUGCCGGUCAACUUUUCCGGGGACCUCCUGGGAGGCAGUCCUGAAAACUUUGGAAGAACAACACUGGCUAAUGUUAGCGCAAAUGUUUUUGUGGCUGACAGGGACAGAUUUCUGUGGCUCCACAGCAUCUUUGCUCUGGUUUACUUCAUCAUCACGUUGCUGUGCAUGGUGCACCACUCGAUACGGCUGGAGUACAGAGAAGAUGAGAAGGUAGCCAGGACACUGAUGAUUACCUCCAUACCCAGAGAGAUCUCUGACCCAGGACUCAUCACCAAACAUUUCCACGAGGCCUACCCCAGCUGUACUGUCACUGACAUCCGUUUCUGCUUUGAUGUCCACAAGCUGAUGAGGCUGGACUUGGAGAGGCGCAAAGCAAUGAAAGGCAGGCUGUAUUUUGCCACAAAAGCCCAAAAAGACGGGAAGAUCAUGAUCAAAACCCAUCCGUGUGCUCAGAUAUUCUGCUGCGACAUCUGCGGCUUCGAAAAGGUGGAUGCAGAGCAGUACUACAGUGAGCUAGAAGAAAAGUGGACAGACGAGUUUAACGCUGAGAAGAAUCGCAUCUUCAUGAAGAAGCUGGGCAUCGCCUUUGUGACUUUUCGUGAUGAGAGGAUGACUGCUGUGAUUGUGAAGGACUACAGUUGCGCGCACUGCCGUCGCAGACCUCAGCAGUCCAGCAUCACCACUGUGGUGCAGUCUCACAAAUGGGGGGUCAGCUACGCGCCUGCUCCCAGUGACAUCAUCUGGGAAAACCUGUCAGUGUGUGGAUCACGCUGGUGGCUCCGCUGCGUCCUCCUCAACAUCCUACUCUUCCUGCUGCUGUUCUUCCUCACCACUCCCGCCAUCAUCGUCAACACCAUGGACAAGUUCAACGUCACCAAGCCUGUGGAGAGUCUGCGGAGCCCUGUCAUUACCCAGUUCUUCCCCACCCUCCUGCUGUGGGCGUUUUCGGUGCUCCUGCCCUUCAUCGUCUACCACUCAGCCUUCUUUGAGUCCCACUGGACCAGAUCUGGUGAGAACCAAGUAACGAUGCACAAGUGCUUUUUACUGCUGGUCUUCAUGGUCAUCAUCCUGCCCUCACUUGGCCUAUCCAGUCUCGACCUGUUCUUCACCUGGCUUUUUGAUGUCAACUUCCUAGAUGAGAAGGAUGUCAAAUUCCAGUGCGUGUUUCUUCCCGACAACGGUGCAUUCUUCGUAAACUACGUGAUUACAUCCGGCCUGAUCGGCACAUCUAUGGAGUUGCUUCGUAUCCCGGCACUGACGGUGUACGCCGUCCGCCUCUGCUUUGCAAAGUCCCAGGCUGAGAGGAUUCAUGUCAAACGGAGUCAGGCGUACGAGUUCCAGUUUGGCCUGGAGUACGCCUGGACCAUGUGUAUCUUUGCAGUCAGUAUGACCUACAGCAUCACAUGUCCCAUCAUUACGCCCUUUGGUCUGCUCUAUGUGAUCCUGAAGCACAUGGUUGACAGAUACAACAUCUACUAUGCAUACGUUCCCACCAAACUCAACCAACGCAUCCACAGAGCAGCCAUCAGCCAGGUCAUCGUGGCUCCCCUUCUCUGCAUGUUCUGGCUGCUCUUCUUCUGUGUGCUUAAAUUAGGUCCAGUGCAUCCCAUCACCCUCUUCACCUUAGUUUCCCUGCUCUCCUGUAUUGCCUUUUCCCUGCUCCGCUUGUGCCUUAGGAAGCAACCAGACAAGUCAACGAGCUACCAGAUGUCUGAUCAGCCAGCAGAGGGGACAUUCACUGAUGCAGACAGGAGUACUGUAACAUCCACCACUGCCUCCAAUCUGUUUGUGGCGUCCGUGCUGCUUGAGCCAGAGCUGGCUUUGACUCCAAUGCCCUCCCCGGCCCACCACAGCUACGGCGCCAUGGCCAGCUCCCAGGGUUCAAGCCACAACCCCGUGGAGGAAGACGAGGGUGAGGAAGACCAUGCCCGGACCCGUGAGACUGAGCUCCAAGACCCUCCAGACACCUACCGCUCCAGCCCGCUCAUGGACAGCCCUGUGGGCUACCAGUAACGCCGAAUCCCUCAAGUUGAUUUCCACGUGUCCUUCACCGGGGGAACACAGAUUGCUAAAUGCCGCAAUGCUGAGUUUUCGCCACUGACCUCAGACUCCAACUUAGCUGCCUCAGACCCUGAGAUUAGACUUUGCUUGUUAGAAAGGAUGAAGAGCCUGAAGAGGAAAGGAGCUUAAGAACACAGGAGCAGAAUCCAUAUAAACAUCACCCUUAAUAUAUAGACAGCAGUUUGCCAAAACAUCUCCUUAAUAUGUCUAAUGGACAUGAACCACACAUCAGUCUUGAUAGAACAACUUAAAUGUACAGAUUAUUUUAGGUGAACUCUUGGAUGCUCCAUAACAGGGAUUCCAACUUCUUCUGUGGCUUCAUUUGCGAGAUAAAAAGUGAUGAAAGUGACUGGGGUGGAAUUGCCUCUGGGUCUCUAUCAGAGAUACCCUGUCCAUGCUGUUCCCCUUGGACGUGAGUAGAGGUGAAAGUUCCCAUCAGAGUGGGUGGUGUGAGCAGGCUCGCCCCGGCAGACUGACAGAGUGGUCUGGUCACGGGUGAUAUCUGGUUCCCCGGCAGCAGAGCUCGGGGAGGCUGAGCGUGAGGGCAGCUAGUUGUGAAGCCAUCUGCAGCGAGAGAGCAGACAGACGGAGGGCCGAAAGUAACUCAGAGAUGUACUGUAAUAAGGGUACACUCUGUCCACAGAGGCACAAGCAGCUUGACUGUACCUGAAGCUUGUUGUAACUAUUGUCAGUUCAAGGUUGCUAUUUUUGCUACAGUAUUUUUUGGUGUCAUAGACAUUGUGCUUUGGGUUGGGGGAGGGGGGCACCGGGGAACGGUCAAGGAUUUGCAGAGCUGUCCCAUCUUAAUCAGAGUAUUGCAUAAUUGUGUGCUGUUUUGACUGUAUAGGUGAUACAACUGUAUUUUUAUUUAUUUAUUUUAAAUGACUAGUUGAACAUUUUGGGAAAUACGCUAAUUCGGUUUCUUCCUGAGAGAUAGAUGAGCAGAUCGACACCACUCUCAUGGCUGUACGAUAAAUACAAAGCUAUCCCCAGCAGCAGGAUAGCUAAGCGUAGCUUAAAGACUGGAAACAGGGGGAAACAGGGGGAAAACAGGGGGGACACAGUUAGCCCGGAGCCAGAGACGAGACUGUUUCUUGACUGGGCGCGGUCACGCUGUGGAUUCUUGUUGUCACCAGCAGAGCAUCCAGGGAGUUACUGCAUCUGGUGUUACGCUAAAUUCAACUAACUUAAGCAAAGUGAAGGUAACUGGCUGCUGGCGGUAGCUUCAUAUUUAACAGAUGCAUAUGGGAGUGGUAUCGAUCUUCUCCUCUUUCUUGGCAAGAAAGCGUACAAGAGACUCAAAAAUUAGAAGCACACCCUGGAUUUACAACAUUUGUUUAUUGUAUAAAUGUUAUAUUUAGUUAUACCAUUUAUUUUUAAUAUGCCAUGGAGUCUACUUUCCCUCACUACAAGACAACUGUAUGGAAAUCUAUAGAAGAAUUCAUCCAUUUUGCUAAAUACGUGAACUAUUGAAAGUAACUGUUACCUAUGUUACUACUAAAGCCAUUACAUUUAAAUAUUUUUGUUGUAAAAAUACUGAAAACUAAAGUAUUCUGUCACCAUAAUGGCUCAAAAUUAUCUAUUCAUAUUCAUUUGUUUAGUGUUCAAAUGUUUCUGUGCUAAAAUGUCCCAAAUAUAAAUACAAACAGUAAAAUUCAAACACUACCCCACAGUACCAUGACUUCAGUUGCAUUAAUCUAUUCUGUGACACUCCACUGCAUGUCAACUAUGUUGUAUCAAUGAGGUAUGCAUUUAUAUCCUUAAGGUCAAGUUUCACGCGUGCUAAUCUCAUUGGUUUACGGUCAGUCUGUAUGUUUGCAAGUUUUGUGUUUUUUGGGUUAUGUUGCUUUCCUGAUGGUGGGAUGAAAGUUUUCUCAUGAAACUGAAUGUAAACUAGAAUGUAGUUUGUUUUUCACGUCUCUUGCUGUGCCUUGAAGAAAAAAACUCCCUUUUGUGUGACAAUCCAGCAUGGCCUGAAAUAUGCUGCAUGGACUGAAAACUAAAGAGCGGGGAAAACAACCAAGACAUGAAAACACAACAACAAACACAAAAACUCAAAAACCCAGAGGAGGGAUUUUCAUUCUCACUAACAGUCAAUGAGUAGUUUGUUCUGAUACAAACAAAAAAAUCUUCACACAAGAUCUGCUUUCUACCUUUUUCUGAAGCUUUCGAUCAUAUCACAUGGUCUUCAUCAGCAGAUUAUUUUUCCUGGAAUUGUAGAUGUUCAAACUUUCCACUACUCUGUGCGCUUUUAGGACUUUUGUCCAUGUUUGCAUAAAUGUUGACCCUGACAGUUCAUGCUUGACCUCGGAAACGUGUUAAGAAAACACUCGAGGUCCACUUCCUCGCUUUUUCUGGAGCUUUCAAGAAUGAAACACAAAUCUCAAGUUUUACGCCGACAUGUAUGAGAUGUCAUAAAAGUGCUCAGUAUAGUGGAAAGUUUGAAUAUCUACAGUUCUGUGAUAACUCAGCAAACUUGAUCUGCUGAUGAAGACCGCGUGACCUGGUUGAAAGCUCUGGAACAAGCGAGUGAGUGGAUCUUGGGUGGAGAUAAUUUUUGUCAACUGCUGUUUCCAAGGUCCAGAAUGGACGGUCAAGCUCAACAGUAAGCUAACUUACUGUGUCUUUACAUCACAGCGGUUGUCACUUUUUUAAGAUGUUUUGUAUCGUGGCCUUGUUGGUGCCUUGUUGUUGAUUUCAAUCAAUAUCCUUUCAGUUGUCAGCUGUUGUUUGUCGAGGAUAAAAAAAAUCUUUAAAAGCUGUUUAUGGAGUGUUAUUCCCUUGUCUAUGUCUUGGGGUGAUUUCACUAUGUUUGACUAACAGUGAGAGCCCUGUUGGUGGUCAGUUCACACCAGUCUUCUCUCAGAACAGCUGAAAAACGUCUUGUUGGUCAAUAGAGUGGAUUUAAGUCUAUUUUGUGUUUUGCCUGAGAGGGGCUAUUAUAACUUUUAUCAUAUAAAUCAUAUGCCUGUGAUGUGAAGUUUUUUUUUAAACUUUUUUUUCAGUUGUACUUUCAUAAAUUGAUGACCUAUUAUUUCAUAAAAUGAAAUGUAGUUGCCCCAUUUUACAAGGAAUCUAAUUCUAGUUCCUCAUGCUGUAUAAAACAGAUGAAAGCUGGCAGCAGAGAGGGCAUGAAAGGGUCAGUGCAGAGAAUCAUGAAGCAAAAUCUGUUUAGAAAAAAAACAUCAAAGAGCAUCUCCUGUGGGUUUCUCUUCCAGAAGCUUGUUUCACAGAUCAUUAAGCAUACUUUCCUUUGAAAAUUACAAAAUAAAACUUAUUAUGGUAUUCUUAGCUCGAAUGGCCAUGCAUGGAGGGAUUGUCCAUUUUCAUGCUUAACUAGUUUUAUUGUAUCCUGUCAUGUCUGUUCAUAUACUGUCGGCUUGACCACCUGUGGUCUAUUUGUAGGUACAUUAGCUUUCCAGACGUGUCCAUUCCUUUUUGCUCUCGGUUAUGAAAUGUGUGUCUCAUAUAGUAAAUAAAUGAUUCCCAAUUUGAGCCUGAUGUAAAUGUGGGUUGUUCUAUUUCCAAGAAGGUUGAGGUUAAGGGAUAGUCUGCAUUUGAGAUUGAUCUCUGUCAAUCAAGUCUUCAUCUGUCAAAAG